GUCGACCACUCCAACCACCACAAAUUCCACUCUCUGCCUUUCAUAUGCAUCUGACACUUGAAGCCAUCACAACAUCACAACAUCACAACACUUGCAUCCAUCGCAACCGCCAACGAGAAAAGAGACCCGAGUGCCGAGCUUCAGCAAACAAGAGAGAGGAUGUCUGCCACACCAGCCUGCUUCAAUGGGGGCAAGAUGCUCCACAUAUUUGCGUUUAACGACGAUAACAGAAAGUACGAGACGGAUGGAACUUUCACCAAUCCUGCUGCGGAAGAAGCACUGUGUCACGGUACACUUUUCUACAAGAUCGACGGAAGCAAUGGUAUGGUUCAAGUAGUCAAUGAUGAUACUUUAAAGAUAUACCAACGACUGGACACUCGAGGAAAGGAACCCGACAAUCAACUGAUACCUCUUCCUGACGGCAAGAACGCCACGGAAUACCCCGGCCAUUCCUACUACUACAACGAAAUAUUGGAAAACGUCCAAGGAAAGCGACUGAUCAAACGCAAUCGGGCCAUGAUUGACAUUGUGGAUCGACACCGAACCACGUUCCUCGCAUUCGGUCAAGAGUGGAUCAGUGUAGAAUGGAUUGGGACCAUGUUCAACAGCACACCCAAUGUUCCUCAUCCCAUUGCCGUCGCGAUUCACCAAGAACAAAGAGUCGAAAUGGAACAACACUCAACAGAGGAGAAUGGAGGAGAUGCCAACGGAACAAAAAAUGGACAAUCUGCCCCCGGUAUUCAACGAACUUAUGCGGGCAUGCGCAAGUUUUUGAUAGAAGACUGUGCCGAACAACCAGUCGAAGGAUUGAUUAUUGAACAUGAAGGGGUUUACUGGAAAGUGAAGUCUGAUGGCUUCCUCCUGCCAGAGGGAAUCUCCAAUCCAUUCAAAAAGAACAGAGAAAACUCGAGGCCUCCCGUCUUCCUGGUAUGACACUUGCUUGAAACUAUGGAAUGGGUCUAUAUUCAAAACAUCCCUCUCAGCUAUUCCCCAUAGAUUUGCAGUUGCCUACCCCCUAUUAAUACCGAGUUGAUAUGUGUU